UCCAGCGCGCCUGCACGAGGGACCUCCGCGGCACAAGGGUUGCUUCGAAGAUUAGGAUACAUUUCCGCAAACAAGGGUUGGCAGCUGCUGGAACGGAACAGCUCUAAUGACAGAGUGAACCGUCGCGUGAGAUAGCGCAGGUUCCUCUGGCGGCAAGGAGAGGGCUCGUCAGCAUGCAAUGAAAGGUGGAGAGGCGACAGUGAGGAAGCAGACAGUGCUAUUCCAACACGCGUCUUGGCCGACCUCAGGUGUGUGGCCGCACAAUAUCUGCAAUGGACCAAAGUGAAGAGCCAGAGGCCGCCCAGCGCUGGGCCAUGAUGCUAACCGCCACGUUCGCCAUCGUCAUCAUGUUCGUCGGCUUCUUCGGCAACCUGCUGACGGUGCUGGCGCUGCCGCACUCCAGCCGCCACCGAAAGACCACCACCUGGUUUGUGGUCAACCUGGCGGCGGCCGAGGCCCUCUUCUGCGUGACCAUCCUGCCCGUGACGGCGGCGCACCUUAUCAGCCUCUUCAUAUCGAAUCGCAAGCUCCUCUCCGAUGGGGCAUGCGCCUACUUCGCCUUCUGCAGAUACGUCACCAUGCUGGUCGGCCUCCUCUCCAUCGCCGCCAUCGCCAUCAACAGGUGCGUGUUGAUUACCAUGCCCAAAUGGUACCCAAAGAUCUUCACGGCGACCAACACAGCGGUCACCAUCGCCUGCAUCUGGCUCCUGUCGGUCGUGCUCUUGCUGUUCCCGCUCCUCGAGGCCUUCGGGAGAUUCGGCUACAACGAAUCGACGGACGAGUGCGACUUUGUGGACAACACCGAGCGAGGGCAGACGCCGCGCAAUGUGAUGAUGUUCGCCGGGUACUUCCUCCCCUGCGGCAUCAUCGUCGUCUCUUACGCGCUGAUCUUCUACAAGGCACGGAGGAGUUCAAUGAAAAUGAAGGCGUUCUCGCAGGGCAAUGCACAGAACACAGCAAACAAAACUGUACAGCGUCCUGCUGUCGGGCUGAGAUCACGUGACAUUCGCAUCGCACGCACCAUAGCCGCCAUCUUCGUCGCCUUCAUCAUCUGCUGCACGCCUGUGGCCGUCCUGCACUACCUGGACAAAACGAUACAUAUGCCGACUACAUUACUCCUACUGCACCCGCUCUACUGGCUGCAGUACUGCCUCAACAUGUUCAUCUACGUCAUCAUGAACAGCCAGUACAGGGAGGCUUACGUGCACUUCAUCGCCAAGUGGUGGCCAGGCGUCAGGGAUAUCUCGGGCCGCCUGUUCCGCGAGCCGAGCAGCGACAGCAUGCGCAGCCAGCGGGCCACGACGCCCACCAGCCUCCUGCGCUUUUCCACUCGCCGCGGCCCCGGCAAGCCCUCCACGCCCACGCAGCGCCUGCCGCCCCCGGAUAUUUUUGAAACGGACACACCCACGCCCUCUCUGGACCCCAGUGUCUGAGACGACGCCCUCUAGCAAAGAUGCUUCGGGACUUCUCUGCCAAAGGAAUCGCCAAAGACAAAUCGAUGGUUAGGAAAAAAAGCAUUCAAGAAUUAAUGCAUUAAGGAUGACAAGCUUUUUGGGCAGAAAUUGCAGUAUGAAGGAUAUGAAGUGUCUGUUGAGUUUUGUUUACAUGUGAACAAGAGAAUAAUAUUUCCUGUAAAAAGGUACAGUUAUACAUUCUUAUAUGUACAUAAAUACACACGAAAAGACACACACAAACACAGACACACACACACACACACACACACACACACACACA